GACGGUUGCCCCGGUGUCGUCACACGUGUGUCGAACAUCGUUGGUGGUAGAUCGUUCCCUUGCUCAUCGGCGGAAGCAUUAAAUUACGAUAUUCCUGUGCUUGUCAAUAAUUAUCAAACGAUUUACCGUUACGUGACGCAUCUACAUAUCGUAGAUCAGUUUCCUCGACGAGCAGCGUACUCGACAGCGCAGCGAUGGCAGCAAAAGCAGGGAAGCGAGCACCGAAGAAGAAAGGCGGUUACUUGAUGCCCGAGCCGUUACCGGCUGGCGAGAUCCUCACGGAUAUAUCGAAGGGCCAGUGGAUCCUCGGCAAGUCCAUCGGCGUCGGCGGCUUCGGGGAAGUCUAUUCCGCGGCACCGCAUACUGGAAAAAAUCCGAAAGAACAUCCUAAUGUUAUAAAAAUUGAACCACAUGGAAAUGGUCCAUUAUUUGUAGAAAUGCACUUUUACAUGAGGAACUGCAAGCCCAGCGAGAUUGAUAGCUGGCAGAAGAAGAAGAAGCUCAGUGCGCUUGGGAUGCCCAGGUACAUCGCUUCUGGAAGUCACGAGUUCAAAAGUACGAAAUAUCGGUUUCUGGUAAUCGACCGAUAUGGAAGAGAUUUGUGGAAAAUAUUCGAAGAAAAUAACAGGCAGUUUCCAGAACACAUAGUGUAUAAACUAGCCUUGCAAAUAAUAGAUAUAUUAGAAUACAUCCAUCACAAGAACUACGUGCAUGGCGAUAUCAAGGGUGAGAAUUUACUAUUGGAUUUGAAUUCCUGUGAUCAAGUCUACUUGGUCGAUUUCGGUCUGGCAUCUCGCUCCACGACGAGCACCGAAUUGAAAGUUGAUCCGAAGAAAGCACAUAAUGGCACUCUACAGUAUACGAGCAGAGAUGCUCACAUGGGAGUACCAACGCAACGUGGGGAUAUUGAAAUUUUGUGUUACAACAUGAUCUUCUGGCUAUGUGGCUCGUUACCAUGGGAAAAAUUGCUGAAUCCACCUACCGUGCAGAAGGAGAAGGAGAACGCUUUCGCGAACAUAAACGGUUUCCUGAAAAAAUGUUUCCGUGCAUCGCAGGCUCCGCAGGCUGUCCAUAAAUUCAUGAUUCUGCUGAGCGGCGUAAAAUUUAACGAGACACCGUGUUACGCAAAGUUAAGGGACGUUUUGAUGAGCGGACUGAAGAUGCUAAAUCAUCAUCCGGACGGGAAACUGAGAUUGGACAGCAUCGCUAAAGCAAAUCCUCAAGCAAAUCCUUCUCAAUCAACUCCCCAAAAAUUGAAGAAACCCGUGGACAAGGUCAGGAAAAGUCCGCGCACGAAACUUUUAGAUGUCCCGACUCCCGUGAGAAGAAAUCCGAGAAACAGUACCGUAGGCGUCGUGAUGGACAGAAAGCGUUGCAAGAUAAGGGAUAUUGAGAAAGCACUGGAUGACAUGAAUUCUGAUGAUGAAUAUGACAUUCAAAUUCUGAAAAAGGCGAAAAAGACGAAAGCCAAAUGAACCUUCAAUAAUAAUAAUAAUAAUAAUAUUUAUUCACGGGUACCACCCUUUAGUAUAAAAUUAAGAGCAAUGAUUGCCACUAUUUCUUUUAAUUUUAUACUAAAGGGUGGUACCUGUGAAUAAAUAUUAUUAUUAUUAUUAUUUUAAUUCGCGUCCUCAAAUCUAUUUUCGUUCAGCCGUUGAAAAAGCCUGGGAAACAAAAUGCGGCAGAGUUAGAUUUCAAUCAGAUGAAGAUAUGUUUGAUACAUAGAAUAAAAUAGUAGUACAAUAUUGCGAUAUUUAUACUGUAAACGAUAUUUCUACUGUCUCUUGCAUUUCAUUAUACAUAACUUUAUACAUUGUUUUUAAAGCAUUUGACAAUAAUCACUAACACUCUUGAUGGUGAUCAUGCCAAACCAGUAUUACUCCAGAGUUUUGUAAAUAUGUGAAUAAGUUUCAAAAAUAUAGUAAUUUUCGCCGUAAAACGUUUGUAAGAGUUGUAAAAAUUAUUUGAUACUAUUUUGCUAAAAUAAAAAAUCACGUGGGAACU